AUGGAUUACGAAAUGGAUAUCGAGCCCGCUGGGCCACAGGUCACUGUUCGCGAGACAGAGCCGUAUCGCGUCGACUUCAAACUCUCCAACGUCGACCUCACACUCGCAAACGCGCUACGGCGUACAAUGAUCGCCGAAGUGCCCACAGUAGCCAUAGACAUCGUCGAAGUCGAAGUGAACACAUCCGUUCUUCCAGACGAAUUUUUAGCACACCGACUCGGUCUCAUACCGCUGAACAGCAAACAUUGCGACAACGACAUGGAGUACAACCGAGACUGUACAUGCGAAAGUUGGUGCUCGAGAUGUAGUGUACGGUUGACAUUACAUGCGCGCUGUAAUCAGGCCGAUGAUGUUAUGAAGGUCUAUUCGCGAGACUUGGUGGUUACGGGUGACAGGGCAAAUGAGUGGGUUGGCAAUCCCGUCAUUACAGACCCAGAGGGAAAGGGACCGUUGAUUGCCAAGUUGAUCAAGGGGCAGGAGUUGAAGUUGACGUGUAUUGCGCGCAAGGGUAUUGCGAAGGAGCAUGCGAAGUGGUCGCCUACGUCGGCUGUGGGGUUUGAGUAUGAUCCGCACAAUAAUUUGAGACAUUUAGAUUAUUGGUAUGAGGAGGAUCCUGCAAAGGAAUGGCCCAUCUCAGAAAACGGAAAAUGGGAAACCCCCAACCCCCCCGACCAACCCUUCGACUACGAUGCCCAACCAAACACAUUCUAUGUCGACGUCGAAUCAAUCGGCAACCUAGAACCAGACACGAUCGUGCAACAGGGCAUUCUCACCCUCCAGACCAAACUAGCUACUAUAAUAGAUACCCUCACCAACCCCAACGGACCCGGUGCUCAAGUGAAUGGUCUCGGCGGCGGGGAUGAUGAGGACAUGGGUCUUGGAGGCGGCGUUCGGUCUCCGGAUGCAUAUGAGCCGCCUGAGAUUGACGGUGGACUUGGUGGUGGGUUUACAGCGUAUGGGCAGGGUGCGAAUGGAGGGAAUAGGAGUGCUUGGGGUGGUGGAAUGACACCUUAUGGAGCCACGCCGUAUGGGGCGACUAAUUAUGGCGGUGGUUUCUAA